GCAUGAUUUCUCGGCAAGUCCUGACUUCCGUGAGCUCACACGCAGCGUCUACACGAAAAUCUGGGCGGGACGUAGCCUUUAAAACCUGCCGACUGCCUCUCGUCUACACUGUGGUUUGCAUCUCUAGAGCAAGUGACAGCUGACCUAUAAGACUGGAGAGAACGAUGUGCAGUCCAAUGCCAAAACCUAUUUGUUUGGUGGAAAAUGUGAAUGGCUCACUGAGUGUGAGUGACGGAGCCAUUGAGUACCUGUCCGGGAAUAAUCAGCCGGUGGUGGUGGUGUCUGUGGUGGGACUCUAUCGCACAGGAAAGUCUUACCUUAUGAACCGCCUGGCAGGAAAACAAACAGGCUUUGCUCUGGGCAGCACCAUUGAGUCGAAGACUAAAGGUAUUUGGAUGUGGUGUGUGCCACACCCCCAUAAAACAGGACACACUCUGGUGCUGCUGGACACUGAGGGACUGGGGGACGUUGACAAGGGAGACUCUAAAAAUGACGCUUGGAUCUUCUGUCUGGCUGUUCUUCUGAGCAGCACUCUGGUCUACAACAGCCGUGGGACCAUUGACAACACAGCAGUGGAAAACCUACACUAUGUCACUGAGCUUGCAGAGCAGAUCAAGAUCAAAUCACCUGCAUCCAGAGCAGCUGAGGUUGUGGAGGAGGAGGAGGAAGAAGACUCUCAGUUUGUGCAGUUUUUUCCUAACUUUAUCUGGACGGUGCGUGAUUUUUCACUCAAGCUGGUGAUUCAGAAAAAGGGUCAAGUGACUGAAGAUGAGUACCUGGAUUUUGCCCUGCAGCUGAAGAAAGGUCUUAAUAAGAAGGACACGAACUACAAUCUUCCGAGGCAGUGUAUUCGAAACUAUUUUCCAACACGCAAGUGCUUUGUUUUCCCGUUUCCUGCCUCCCAGGACAAAAUAGUGCAGCUCGAGAGCCUGGAUGAGAGUGAAAUUUGUCCCAAAUUUCUGAAUGUCACACACAGCUUCUGUGACUAUGUCUUUGCUGCAAGCAAAGUUAAAACAGUUAAAGGAGGAUACAGAGUCACAGGGAGGAUGUUUGGUCACCUAGUGCAGUCGUAUGUGGAGACGAUCUCUAGUGGAAAAGUCCCUUGUCUGGAGAAUGCUGUGGUUGUAAUGGCAAGGAUAGAAAACGAGGCAGCUGUGCAGGAGGGGCUUAAGCUGUACCAGAGCGAGAUGGAACAGGUGAAGAGUUUGUUUCCAGUCAGUUCGAGUGUAAUUUCUGCUGAACACCAGAAGAUAAGCAAAAUGGCCAACACUGAGUUUAUGAAGCGCUCCUUUAAAGAUGAAGAAGGCGAAUACUUCAAGAAACUGAUAGUGGCAGUAGAUAAGCAUUAUGCUGAGCUACUUGCUCAGAACAUGGAGGUAUCAGAACAGAAGUGCCAGAAGAUUCUGUCUGAUCUAUAUGAGGAGAUAAAUGUGCAUAUGCAGCAGGGGGAGUAUGCAAAGCCUGGAGGAUAUAAGCUGUAUUGCACACACAGAGACAACGUCAUUGCCCAGUACCACGGCCAGCCCAACAAGGGAAUCCAGGCUGAGGAGGUGUUGCAGCAGUUUCUGAAUGCAAAAAGUAUUGAGGCAAAAGUAAUUCUCCAGACUGAUGAACAACUGACUGAAAGUGAGAAAAAGAUUCAAGAGGAGAAAGAACAAGCAGCUCUGUUACAGCAGCAGUGUAAAGUAGAACAGGAGAAAAAGAUGGAGCUGGAACAACUGAUGCAUGAGCAAAAAGUGCACCAUGAGCAACGGCUAGAGCAGGUGAUGAGGAAGUUUGAGGAGGAAAAGUUGCAGCAGCAGGAGGAGCUGGACAUAGCGCUGGAGAGCAAACUGAAUGAACAGAAACAACUCUUGCAGAAUGGGUUUGAAGAGAGAGCCAAGCUGAUGGAGCUGGAGAUUGAGCAACUUAAAAAAGAAAAGGAUAAACAAUCUGGCAGUAUUUUUAAAGAUUGUAUCAUGCCACUCCUAGACAUUGUCAAAGAUGUGUUCUCCACAAUCCUUCAUUAUAAAAUGAUGACGAAAACCCCGGUACAUCCAUAAUUAACUUGUAAUUUAUGGAGAUAUUUCCAUGCCAGAGUGAAAAGCAAUUGUGCCAGUGAAAGAAUAUGAAAUUUUAUUAGUUAAAAUUAUAUAUUAAUUAGAUCUUAAGAAAUUCGAUGACUCCCAGGUCCUGGUGUGAGCUUUUAUUCAUUUUUAUUCAUUAUCAUUUUUAUCAUGUAUCAUUAUGAAUUCUGAAGAAUCUUGAUGAUAUAAGUUCUCUAGAGUGCAGUAGGAAUGAAGAAACAAAGAACCUCUAAGCCUCAGUGUGGAACUCAUGAAGGUGAAAUGCAAUGUUACUACAAUGUAACAUUCACUUCUGACAUGAAGUCAGAAUUCAUGUCUUCUUAUACCUGCAAAUUGUUUUGCAACUAAGUGAUGUAAGAGCAGUGAAGUGAAGCUUUUGCAUCUUAUCCACAUGUCCUAAAUGAAAAACAGUACUGUUUCUGUAUUGCAUCUCGAGUCCUUUCAAUGCUUUGAUUGCUUUUCCGUUAUAACUGGAAUUGCACCGUGAAAUGCAGUGUAGUGGCAAGGAUUGCUUUUCAAGCUGGAUCACAUUCACUUCUGACACAGUUGUUGUGAGUAGUUAACUAUUAAUCAUAAUGCUAUGUGGUGCAUUGUUAAAACUGAUAUUGACCUUUAAUGAUAUUAUACCAAAAGACUUUUGAAAGCUUGAUUCUAAUUGGUUAGAUGGUGUUGAUUAAUUUCUAUAUAUUUUAUAUAUUUUAUAUUUUAACAGCUGAGCUUAUACAGUAGUUACUGAAGGGUAUUAAUGAGCUUGUUAUGCUAAUGUUGCUAUAGUAACAACUUGUAUGGCAGACGCUCCACAUAAAAUGUUUUCUGUAACAAAUCUGUGUAAUCUUUGAUUUGGUGAAGUUUUUCUGUAUGUUUUUUUGCAGUUAUUUAGCAUUUUUGGAAGGGUUCUCUAGUGGCUGCAAUUUGUGACAGUCAGAGGUAAAUCUGUAACUUUUUUCCCCGUAUGAGUCCACAUGACAGAGGGCUUUGUGGUUUCUCUGUAACAUGACAAGCUGUCUUGUUAACUUCAAGAGAAAGGGGGGGAAAAGAGAGGGAACCACUAUUUACAGCAACUAUACCAUAAUUGAGCACAGGAACUAACUUGUUUCACUGUGUUGUACAACAGUAAAUGUAACUAUAAACAAAAA